AUGGCUGGGCAGUGCCAAGAAAGGCUGGGCAGUACCAGGCUCAGCUGGACACUGCCAGAACUAUCUGGUCAGUGCCAGGACUGGCUGGGCAGUAGUAGGCUCAGCUGGACAGUGCCAGGUAUGGCUGGGCAGUGCCAGGUAUGGCUGGGUAGUACGAGGCUCAGCUGGGCAGUGCCAGGCCCAACUAGGCAAUGCCAGGAGUGGCUGGGCAGUGCCAGGCCCAGCUGGACAGUGCCAGGCCCAACUAGGCAAUGCCAGGACUGGCUGGGCAGUGCCAGAACUGGCUGGGCAGUACUAGGCUCAGCUGGAAAAUGCCAGGCCCAACUAGGCAAUGCCAGAACUGGCUGGGCAAUGCCAGGACUGGCUGGGCAGUGCCAGACCGAGCUGGACAGAGUGGCUGGGCAGUGCUGGGCAUGGCUGGGUAGUACUAGGCUCAGCUGGACAGUGCCAGGACCAGCUGGACAGUGCCAGAACUGGAUGGGACGUGCCAGGAGUGUCUGGGCAGUGCCAGACCCGGCUGGGCAGUGCCAGGAGUGGCUGGGCAGUGCCAGAUCCAGCUGGGCAGUGCCAGGACCAGCUGGUCAGUGCCAGGCCCAACUAGGCAAUGCCAGACCUAGCUGGUCAGUACCAGAUGCAGCUGGGCAGUGCCAGGACCAGCUGGUCAGUGCUAGGAGUGGCUGGGCAGUACCAAGACUGGAUGGGCAGUGCCAGAACUGGCCAGGCAGUGCCAAGAAAGGCUGGGCAGUGCCAGGACUGGCUGGGCAGUGCCAGACCUGGCUGGGCAGUGCCAGGACCAUCUGGGCAGUGCCAGGCCCAGCCAGGAGAGCCGGGGCAGUGGUUUGGGGUGCUCAGGUGCAGAAGGCACAGACUGGUUCCUGUGUGUCACCUUUCCAGGCUGCAGUGGCGCGAGGGGCGCGGGAUUUCGCACAGCUCGGAGCCCGUGGCCGAAUUGGCGGCGUUGGGAUCGUGCAAGAACCUCCCCCAAGAGCCCUGGAAUGGGGCAGUGGGUAA